AUGGAUAACUCUGCCGGAGUCUCAGUGCUCUUGGGACCCAAAGCGAUGCCAGAACCCAGCGCGAACCCGGCGAGAGAGGAUCUAAACAACAAUCCGUUGUCAUCGUUCGGGGAACAGUGCCAAAACAGAAGGAAAAGGAAAAGAACAGACAGGGUUCGGGCGAGUCGGAAAAAGAGGAACGCCGCUCGGAAAAGAGACGGAUGGUCCCCGGAUGAGAUUGCAGGGGCGGGAAAUGAAGAGAGCUCCCUCCGUCCUCUCCCUCGCAUCCCUCUAAAGAGCAUGAAGGAGGCCGAAGCGAACCUAGCGUUCGGUGACGAGCAGGACAUUACCCACAAGGCCCCAGCCUCCGCAGCUGCCACACAAUUAAAGUGUCAAAGCUGUGAAAUAGUGGGCCUUCCAAGUGGACCUAAUCUGGGCUUUCUGCCUCAAAUUGACAAAUGGCUGAAUGUAGCCCUGCAGGACGGCAGCUCGCACUACAGACAGAAGAAAUAUGCCGUUGCCGUCAGUCGCUUCACCACUGCGCUUGAGUUGUGCUCUAAAGGUAGUGUUCUGGAAGAGCCUUGCGAUGCUGACUAUGAAGACGUUGCCAAGGUUGUCAGCUUCAUUGAGUCUCGACUAGUUGCCUGCUACCUACGAAUGAAGAGGCCUGAUCUGGCCCUGCUGCAUUCCCACAGGAGCAUCCGCUCAGACCCCAUCUAUUUCCGGAAUCAUCUUCGACAAGCCAUGGUCUAUCGAUUGCUAGGAAACCCCUGCGAGGCAGUAAGAAGCGCCAUGAUUGCUGACUAUGUCUACUGGCUGUCGGGUGGUGUGGAGGAACACAUAAGCAAGCUCAUCAAACUGUAUUGGCAGGGUUUGCUGGAGGAAGCUAUUACAAUGGAGGAAAAUUUCUCUGUCCUGUACACUCCUUGUGUUGGCAAAGUUACCAAAGACUUUGUCGAGCAGACUGAGGAGACCUUCCGGAAUCUUCAUCCGGCAUUCUCUGCCUACAUCUUCACAGACCCUCUUACAGGUCAUUUACUGCCCCAGACUACAGACUGGAGGACAGACACCUCCACCCAAAGCUACACCCUGACCAUUGGCUUCAAGAGGAGCCAGGAUGGGCAAUUUUUGGAUAAACUACUUCUCAGAAGAUGUCCUACAUUUACAGGUCUCAGAAGUCCGUUUAUUCAUCCAACCUCAGCAGAUGCUGGGAAGAUGUGUGAGGCUUUGGGGAGGAAGAUUCUGCCGGUUCUAGAUUUUAUUAAGUGCACCAAGUUAGAUGUUGGAUUUUCUGCAGGGUCAGGGCUGAUAGAGAGACUGCAGUUUGCAGAUUACUUGGGCCAGCUUAGCAGAACCAAGGAACAAUCCCAAAUCCUGGAGCACACGCUAGCCGAGCUGGGGCUAGCACCCUAUCUACAGGAUAUCAGUCCCACAGACGCCAGCCUGCUGCAGGAGCUAAUGGCAGAGAGCGUGGACACCCUUGAAGGCAAGCGGACAGAUCAUGAACGUGUGUGGAAUGCACUGCAGAAGGUGGGAGACAUCGAGGAGAUGCUUUACGAAAUGGAGAACGUGUAUUUGAAGAAUAAAGCUCUCAGGGCCGUCAGGAGACAACAGGCCAGAGAGAGGAGGAGAGAAGCUAAACGUCGGUGGGACAAGUCCAUGCCGAAAAAGGUCCCGGCCCCUGUUCUUGGAGAGCCAGCCUCCUGGACAUAG